CUCUCCCUCUCAUGUUAAUGGCGCGCCAACACAUACUCUACUUCUUCUUCUUCUUCUGCACUCUACUUUCUUUGUUUCCCUCUCUCUCCUCUGCUGCUUACAAUGUCAGCUACGACACCCGCUCCCUCAUCAUCGACGGCCGCCGCGAGCUUCUCAUUUCCGCCGCCAUCCACUAUCCUCGCAGCGUCCCCGCCAUGUGGCCGGGAUUAGUACAGUUGGCGAAGGAAGGAGGGGUUAAUACAAUCGAAACCUAUGUUUUCUGGAAUGGCCACGAGCUCUCCCCCAACAAUUACUACUUUGGGGGAAGGUAUGAUCUAGUGAAAUUUUGUAAGAUAGUUCAGGAAGCUGGCUUGUAUUUGAUUCUCCGGAUCGGUCCAUUCGUCGCAGCUGAAUGGAACUUCGGUGGUGUACCUGUUUGGCUGCACUAUGUGCCGGGGACUGUCUUUCGCACUGACAACGAGCCUUUCAAGUACUACAUGAAGAAGUUCAUGACAUUGAUUGUGGAAAAGAUGAAGCAAGAGAAGCUUUUUGCAUCUCAGGGAGGUCCUAUUAUCUUGUCACAGGUGGAAAAUGAAUACGGAUUCUACGAGUCUGCUUAUGGAGAAGCAGGAAAAAGGUACACCAUAUGGGCAGCUAACAUGUCUGUUUCUCAAAACACGGGUGUACCUUGGAUUAUGUGUAUGCAGUUUGAUCCUCCUGAUACUGUGAUUGACACAUGCAAUUCAUUUUACUGCGACCAUUUCAAACCAAUCUCUCCUAAUAAGCCCAAAUUCUGGACAGAAAACUGGCCAGGAUGGUUUAAAACAUUUGGAGCAAGUGAUCCUCAUAGACCUCCUGAAGAUGUGGCUUUCUCGGUUGCACGAUUUUUUCAGAAAGGAGGAAGUCUUCAAAACUAUUACAUGUAUCACGGUGGGACAAACUUUGGACGCACUGCAGGUGGACCAUUCAUUACUACAAGUUAUGAUUAUGAUGCACCAAUUGAUGAAUAUGGAUUGGCUAGAUGUCCGAAAUGGGGGCAUCUUAAAGAGCUUCAUAGAUCUAUAAAGUUAUGUGAGCACGCAUUGCUAAAUGGAGAGCCGAAGACUCUAUCACUAGGACCCUUACAAGAGGUUGAUGUAUAUGAAGAGUCAUCAGGAGCUUGUUCUGCUAUUAUUUCUAACACGGAUGAUAAAAAUGGAGCAACAGUAGUGUUCAAAAAUACUACGUAUCACCUGCCAGCAUGGUCGGUUAGCAUUUUACCGGACUGCAAAAAUGAAGUUUUUAACACUGCAAAGGUUGGUUCUCAAACAUCUGUUGUUGAGAUGAUACCAACAGAUUUGCAGCCAUCAGCUACAACUCCUCAUAAAGACUUCAAAGGUCCUCAAUGGGAUGUAUUUAGAGAGAGGGCUGGAAUUUGGGAUGCCGCAGAUUUUACAAAAAAUGGAUUGGUAGACCACAUUAACACUACAAAAGAUACUACGGACUACCUAUGGUAUACAACAAGUUUUCAUGUUGAUGAGACUGACGAGUCAUUCAGAAGUGGUAAAAGUCCAGUGAUUUUAAUUGAAUCGAAGGGCCAUGCUAUGCACGUUUUCAUCAAUCAAAAACUUGAAGCUACUGGGUCAGGAAAUGGCACGGUACCACGCUUUAAAAUCAGACGUCCCAUUGCUCUCAUAGCUGGCAAGAACGAAGUUGCUUUAUUAAGCAUGGCUGUUGGCCUACAGAAUGCAGGAGCCUUCUAUGAGUGGAUUGGAGCUGGUCCUACUAGUGUCAAAAUUGUGGGGAUAAAGAAUGGGACGGUGGACUUGUCCACCAGUAAGUGGACCUAUAAGAUAGGGUUGCGUGGAGAAUCCUUGAAGAUAUACGAGCCAAAUAAUUUGAGUCGUGUAAACUGGGAAUCUACUUUUAGACCACCUAAACAUCAGCCCCUAACAUGGUACAAGGCUGUGGUGGAUUCUCCACCUGGGCAAGAGCCUGUUGGGCUUGAUAUGAUUCACAUGGGGAAAGGGUUAGCUUGGUUAAAUGGAAAUGAAGUCGGAAGAUAUUGGCCUCGAAAGGCCUCCCCUCAUGAAAUAUGCGUUAAAAAAUGCGACUAUAGAGGAAAAUUUAUGCCUAACAAAUGUAAUACAGGUUGUGGAGAAGCGACACAACGGUGGUACCAUGUGCCAAGAUCUUGGUUCAAACCAUCAGGUAAUGUGUUGGUGAUCUUUGAGGAAAAAGGCGGAGACCCUUCAAAGAUUCGUUUCUCAACAAGAAAAGUCUCAAGUCUGUGCUCGCAUAUUGCUGAAGAUCAUCCUUCGUUCGACAUGGAACACUUGCAGAUAAGCUCAAUGGAGGAGUACAAAAAGAAAGCAACUGUCAGUUUGAAAUGCCCGACGAGCACAAAAAUCUCUGUUGUGAAAUUCGCAAGUUUUGGAGAUCCAGUAGGAAGCUGUGGAACAUAUGCUGUGGGAGGAUGCCAUGAUCCUAAUUCUGAAUCCGUCGUGCAGAGGGUUUGCUUGAACAAGGAGGAGUGCGAAUUGGAAUUAAGCCAAAAGAAUUUUGAUGUCAACUUAUGUCCCAAUGUGGCUAAGAGGCUUGCUGUUGAGGUGCUCUGUAGCUGAUGAUGGAAUCUUUUAUUUACUAAAUUUAUCAAAGAUUCCAUAAUCAAACAAUGUUAUUUCUUACAAUCUUGUUGAAAGGAAAUGAAAUGCAAAGGUUUCAAAAACAUUAAAAUUUUCAAAUUUUGUUGGUAGAAUAAAUUUUUGAUGUUGCUUCGA